AUGCCUGCCGUUUCCAGGGCUGUCAACAUCCUCACCCGCACAAUACAAGCCCGGCAAACAGUUACAUUCACCAGUCCGCCUCCAUUCCCACCGUUCCGCCAACCCGACGACAUUGACGACGACGACAACCCGUUCCGGGUAGACCCGGAUGACCUCCGCGAUGACGACAAAUUGUCGGCCGGCACAAUAGCGGCCAUCGUCAUCUCCAUCGUGGUCUUCCUCAUCGUGAUCACCGGUCUCGUCGUCUUUCUCGUCUACCGCCGACGCAAGGCACAAAGAAAUAUCGACAUCGCCAUAAAGGAGGAAAGCAUCUCUAUGACGCCCGUAACGGCCUCGGGGGCACUCGACCCACCUCCGCCAUACGACGAUUCUCACCUGGACAGCCACCAUUCGGGCCAGGAAAGGAGCGGGAGCCGCAGUGACUUCAGCCAAAGUGGGGAGGAGGAGGAAAACGAUGAAAUGGGGUCGCACGCCACGAUUACGGAUGGGCUGGCGCCGGGGAGGCAUGUGGACGCGGAGACACCUGCCGGUAUGAACACGAAGGAUGAUGAUGACGGCCACGAAUAA